AUGGAAGGAGACUACAACGAGGAGAGAAGGUUCCCGUGCAACUACUGCGACCGCCUAUUCAUGAGCUCGCAAGCAUUGGGCGGCCAUCAAAAUGGCCACCGGAGAGAGCGCGAGGCUGUGAAGAAGGCUCAACAAGAAGCUCAUCUCCUAGCCAUGCAAAUGCCACCACCUCCCCCACAAUCUUUAGAAGUACCAUCUUACCCGCCCGCGACCAAUAACCCCCCCCACCAACCCUUACAAUACAACCCUCAAAACUAUGUGCACUCUCCGACUUGUCACGCCAAUCGUUUGAUCUCGAGACAUUCUUAUUACCAAACUCAUCGACCGCCAUAUUGCACCCACCAAGCAUCAGGGGCUCCUGUCGUGCUUACCCCAAGGUUUGCUCCUAGAUAUUCUUCUACUUCUUCAUAUAAUAAUAUUGGAGGAAUUGCAAGGGAUGAAGAUCUUAUUAGAUUCCCUUCUAGAUAUCCUACUAGCAUGCAAAAUUUUGGUGUCGAAGACCCUAGGAUUACUUCAAGAUUCCAUUCCACUUGCCCACAUGUAGUAGGAAUGGCAAGAGAUGAAGAGCAAAGGAGGUUUAUGAUCUUGAAUAGGAAUUUGAGUGAUAACAAUGGUGCACCCUCUACAAUAGGAGAAGAGAGGGGAAAUGUGGUGACGGCGGGCCCGUCAACUGCGAACCAGGGAGCUGACAUGGAUUCUAAUGCAAUCAACAACGGCAAGGAUGAGGUCGAGAACGAGAUCGACCUUACUCUCCGUUUAUGA